GUAAAAACAAUUCAUACUCAGCCUAUCACAACCAUUAUGUAGUAAACAUGAUCGAAAAGAGAACGUACCUAUUCAAUAAUUUUAUUCUUUGCGGACCUAUUUACAUAAAUAAAAUAUUUAAGUAGAAAAAAGAGUUUAAUUUGGAAUAAUCUGUGUAAUACUUUGUGAACUUUGAUAUUACGAGAAAUCUUUAGUGGUGACGAUUUUAUUUAUUGGAUUGGAUAUUUUGAAUUCAAAGUUAUUUAUCAUCAGUGCAGCAUGUCUACGGGCACAAAAGCUGCGCUACCGGUCUGCCUGCUUGCUUCGAUCUUCCUCUGGGCUAGCACUGUCGGUGUGUUCAUACCCAACCUGUCAGAUGCGUGCUACCGCUGCCUGUGCUAUGUGUCGACGACUUGCGCGACGUCGCAAGGCUGCACGGCGGGCUACUGCGGCCCUUUCAACAUAUCCCGCGUGUACUGGGUGGACGCGGGCAGAGUCACACUGCCCGAGGACAACCCUGACAGGAAUCAUGCGUGGGAAGACUGCGCAAGAAGUUAUGAUUGCGCCAAAAGAAUUAUAGAAGGCUACCUCCAGAGAUUUGGAAAAGACUGCAAUGGAGACGGCGUCACAGACUGCUUCGACUACAUGAUGGUGAACGGCAACGGCGGGUACGGAUGCUCGGCGCCUCUCAACACGUCAGCCAAUGGCAGACGAUGGCUGGAACGAUACGAGCUUUGUCGACAUACGCUGUAUUCACGCUAGCAAUCGGGUACUAUCUGUGGUUUAUU